CCUCAGAAUGAAUCUAAAUCCCCAAAAUCUUAUAACCCUAAUACCGAAUUAAUCCUUAUUAAAGGUUAUAUAUUGAUUUGAUUCAUUGGUAUAUCAGCAUUCAAUCUAAUCUAAAGUUUUACAAUCUCAUCAUCACCAUCUGAUUGCUAAAGAAGAUUGAUUGAUCCACAAUUCCAGAAGGAGUAUAAGCGCUAACAAAGAUUUAUUCAUUAUUGGCAUGAUUCAGUUUGAGAAACACGAAUAGAAUAUGCUAUCUCUGCGUAUAGUUCGCAGAUUUUACACCACAAAAACAACAAACAUUGCAUUUGCUUCUGCCGCAAUUGUAACUAAUGCUGUUUCUAAACCUUUGGAAGAACCUGCAUUGAUAAAGCUAAAGAACGAAAGAAAUCCAGAUAAAUUGUUUCAUUUGUUUAAGGCGAAUGCUAAGAACCGUUUGGUUAUUGAGAAUCGAUUUGCAUUUGAAGAUACUGUUAGUCGCCUUGCUGGUGCUCGACGAAUUGAUUAUAUGGAACAGCUUCUUGAGGAGCAGAAAACAUUAUCGCAAGGGCGUCGUGAGGGGUUUGUUAGGAUUAUAACACUAUAUGGUAUGAUUAAGCAUGCUGUUGAAACAUUUUAUACUAUGCAUCUCUUUGGUUGUCCUCGGACUGUUAAAUCUUUCAAUGCUGCUCUUAAGGUUUUGGGACAGACCCGUAAUGCAGAAGAUAUCAAGUCAUUUCUCUUGGAGGUUCCUCAGAAGUUUGAUAUUUCUAUAGAUGUUUAUUCACUCAAUAUUGCUACAAAGGCUUUUUGUGAAGUCGGUUUAUUGGAUACAGCUUAUUUAGUCAUGAUAGAGCUGGAGAAGGCAGGAGUUAGACCGUAUGUUGUUACGUACACCACUAUUCUUUCUGCAUUUUAUAAGAACGAUUAGUGUGUGAUAGGCAACGGGUUGUGGAAUCUUAUGUUGCAUAAAGGUUGUUCACCUAAUCUUGCCACAUUUAAUGUUAGGAUCUAGUACUUAGUCAAGAAGGGACGAGCUUGGCAAGCUAAUAAGUUAAUGGGUACGAUGCAGUUUCUGUGUAGCGAGCCAGAUGAAGUGACAUAUAAUUUAGUGAUCAAGGUUUUUUUUCAAGCUGGUUAUAGUUUAAUGGCCAAAUAAGUAUAUUCUGCACUACAUCGUAAAGGUGGCAAGCCAAAUCGACAGAUGUACCAAACGAUGAUCCAUUACCUUUGUGAAGGAGGUGAAUUUGAUGAGGCAUUUACAAUGUGCAAGGAUAGCAUGGAAAAGAACUGGUUUCCUAAUUUUGUUACCAUCGGUAAGCUGCUAGUAGGUCUUCUAAUGAGUUCAAAGAGCCGCAAUGCUAAUAUUCUCAUGGCACUGGUUAGGGGAAGAACUCCUCCUUUUUCUGAGAAGGAAAUUGAGCAUUUGGAAUACGUUAAUUCUUCAACUCUGGAGCAUAUGGUCAAAAAAUAAUGAAUGAAGAAUCGGAUAGUUUAUAAAAUAAGCAGUGCAGUUCUGGAGGUUCUAUGAUGCAUUAAUUGAAGUUUUUUGCUAAACUAACAUGAAAGCAAUACGCAAUAGGUGAAGAGGAUUUCCAUUAAAGUCUAGCAGAGCAAUACGUUUUUAGCUUGCACUGAGAUCAAGAAUAUUCGUUUCUUUUUCUGAUUCAAACUCUCUGUUUUCAAUGAUUUGUGUUUGGGUUAUGAUGAUCAGAUGGGUUGCUGGUGCAGCAGUUCAAUGGUUAAAAGAAAGUCUUGGUAUAGUUCAGAGUGCUAGUGAGAUUGAAGAACUGGCAGGGAAAAUUGAGAACACUGGUAGAGUUUAUUUUGUUCCUGCGUCUAAUGGUCUAUUUGCACCGUGGUGGCGUGAUGAUGCCCGUGGGAUUUGUAUCGGGAUCACAAGAUUUACCAACAAAUCUCCCAUCACAAGUGUUCUUGAGAGCAUGUGUUUUCAGGUUAAAGAUGUCUUAGACUCGAUGCACAAGGAUGCUGGGGGAAAAGGCGAAGUGAAAAAUGAGAAUGGAGAUUUUGUGCUCAGAGUUGAUGGUGGAGCAACUAUUAACAAUCUAUUGAUGCAAAUUCAGGCGGAUCUGUUGGGAUGUCCAGUCGUUAGACCAGCUAGCAUUGAAACCACAGCUCUUGGUGCAGCCUAUGCUUCUUGGUUAGCUGUGGGAGUUUGGACAGAACAAGAUGUCUUUUCUGAUGAAGCGAAACAAGAGAAACCUACCACUGUCCAGCCUAACUUGGAUGGAGCUAAGGAAGAAAAGAGUAAUGUCUUGGUAUAAAGCUGUCUCAAGAACUUUCAAUUUGGCCGACCUUUCCUUCUAGAUCCCUCCUCCCUUGCGCUUUUUAUCGUCUUUCAGUUUCUUCUGCUAAAGUUUUAUUUUCUUCCUUUGUUUCAUUUAUGAACUUAAAACUUUUAAUUUUGGAAUAAUGGCCAGUGUUCGCAUACUGGGAUCAGGCUUUUCAAAGUUGAUAAUGAAAAUUGUAGG